AUCACCUUGACCUUCAUAGUUCCUAAGCCAGAGACAAAUCAGCUAGUACGAACCUAUCAAGCCCCAAGACUCAAAAUGGUUUUCCAGAACCCGCCCAUGGCCACCCCGGAGUACUGCACCGCAGACUUCUCGCUUAUCCCCAUCGGCUCCAAAGACGUCUCUUUCUCCAAGCAAGUCGCCGAGAUCCAGCGUCUGAUCGAGAACACCGGCCUCAAGUCCCAGAUGCAUGCCACCGGCACUACCGUGGAGGGAACCUGGGACCAAGUUUCGCAGACCAUCGGAUGCGCUCACACCAUGAUCCAUAACGAGGGGGUGGGCAGGAUCCAGACGGAUAUCCGCAUCGCAACACGCGAAACACAGUCGUUAACAGCAAGCGUAACGGAUUAUCCUAUGGAGCAUGGAAGACGAUACCAUAAAUAUCAUGAAGGAUCAUACUUGUACCCGAACGAUGAACAGGAACUGGAUCGGAUGGAUAUGCAACACCACAUGCUCAAACUAGUCAACCACGGGCGCUUGUACUUCGCACCUGUCCAACGCCCAAAACGGAUUCUCGACAUUGGUACUGGUUCUGGUAUAUGGCCUAUCGAGAUUGCAUCCGACUUCCCAGAAGCCGAGAUCACAGGAACCGACCUUUCUCCUGUUCAGCCGCUUGAAGUUCCUGAGAAUGUUCACUUCCUCGUCGACGAUGCCACGGAGGAGGACUGGCUGUGGGGCCCGAAUCACUUUGACUUCAUCCACACCGGGCAUCUGAUAGGAUCUCUACCGUCGUACAAGGACCUGCUGAAGAAAGCACACAAGCACCUUAAGCCGGGCGGCUAUGUGGAAUGCCACGAGUUCGACUCCCGGCUCAAAUGCGACGACGGUACGAUGCCUCCCGAGGACCCUGACAAGUUCAGCGACUAUGCCCUCCAAGAUCUCAUGGACCUGCACCACCGCUCCGGCCAGGUCUCGGACCCGCCCCGACAAUUCCGAGUGGCCCAUCGCCUCGCACGCUGGAUGCGAGAAGUCGGGUUCGAAGACGUGCAGGAACAUCGGGCCAUGGUCCCUGUGAAUCCGUGGUCAUCCGAUCCACACCUGAGGAAGAUAGGGGCCUGGAGCGAGACAAACCUGCUGGAAGCGGUCGCGGGAUGGUCUUACAAGCCGCUCGCCAUACUGGGGUGGUCGAAGCCCGAGAUCGAAGUGUUCCUGGUCGAUGUUCGGAAAAGCAUUCAAAAUCGCAACGUCCACGCCUACUACGAGUUCUAUGCAGUGACAGGCAGAAAACCACUCACUGGCUGAGUUGGUUUUGGUCUGCCUUUACCACCACUAGCGGCAUGAAUCUUCACAUAUCCUCGGCUUACGUUUCUUACCUGUGACAAAUUGUUUCCUUUUUACUGCUUUUCUUAUGUGUUAACUGGCGCUGGCUGAUGAGCGUAUGGCAUACGAUACCACUGCGGCAGAGAUUUUGGUGCAUUGGGAGGCGUGUCUUGGUCAACUCACUUCUUGUACAUAUUUAGACAUUUACAUGUCAUAAUCUCACUUACAAGUAGUGCAUGGUG